UGCUGCACGGGUAUUGGUCGUGCCACUUCCCGAUUGUAACUUGUAGUUUUCCACAAGGGAAAACAACGUAUUGUUUGUCAAAAUAAUUAACAAUUGCAAGCGCAGUGCCGUUUCAAUUUUACCACAAAAACACCGCUGAAAAUGUUGGUCAACGAAGCUAGACAAAUCCUGAGCCGUGCCAGCUCCUUGGCGGCACGUCACCAGCUGCGUGCGAUUAGCAACAGCAGCCAGUUGGAGCAGCAGGCGCAGCCGAAGGAGUCGCAGGCGCCGCAAAUCAAGAAGUUCGAGAUCUACCGCUGGAAUCCGGACAAUGCCGGCGAGAAGCCCUACAUGCAGACCUACGAGAUCAACAUGCGCGAAUGCGGCCCAAUGGUUCUGGAUGCCCUCAUCAAGAUCAAGAACGAGAUGGAUCCGACGCUGACGUUUAGGCGCUCGUGUCGCGAGGGCAUCUGCGGUUCAUGUGCCAUGAACAUUGGCGGCACCAACACCCUGGCCUGCAUCAGCAAGAUUGAUGCGACCAGCUCGAAGCCGUUGAAGGUGUAUCCUCUGCCCCAUAUGUAUGUGGUGCGGGAUCUGGUCCCGGACAUGAACAACUUCUACGAGCAGUACAAGAAUAUCCAGCCCUGGCUUCAGCGCAAAAACGAAGCUGGCGAGAAGAAGGGCAAGGCCCAGUAUCUGCAGUCUGUCGAGGAUCGCUCUAAGCUGGAUGGCCUCUACGAGUGUAUUCUGUGCGCCUGCUGCUCGACAUCGUGUCCAUCGUACUGGUGGAAUGCGGAGAAGUAUCUGGGUCCGGCUGUGCUGAUGCAGGCUUAUCGCUGGAUCAUCGAUUCGCGUGACGAGAUGACCGUGGAGCGUUUGAGCAAACUGAAGGAUCCGUUCAGCGUCUAUCGCUGCCACACCAUCAUGAACUGCACGCGCACCUGUCCCAAGGGCCUCAAUCCGGGUCGUGCCAUUGCCGAGAUCAAGAAAUUACUCUCCGGCCUGGCUUCGAAGCCGGCACCCAAACUGGAGACGGCUGCGCUGCACAAGUAGGGAAAUUGUUAAUCCUCCCUUAGCUGCUUUGUUUGUGAAUCCGCUCCCUUAAUCGACUGAUCGAUCCGAUCGGUCAGCUAUGUAACAACUAUUUACUUAUUUUGCUUAAUAUGUUUAUAAUUUAUUUAAGAUUAAAGUAAACGAAACUUGUUAAUACAGUUUGUAAAGGGAACUCUAUAAACGCAACCUUAAUGAAUAUUUAA